GGCUCGCGUUCAUUCUGCUUCGCACGGUCGUACGGUUCGGUUCGCCUCCCAAGUAACGGGAUAUAUAGCACUGCCAAGCUUUGAAAGCGUCGUGUUUGUUGUUUGCGAGCGCGCGUGUUCGUGCGAGUGUGAGUGUGCUGCUGCUGUUGUUCUUGUUGUUGCGGCGACCCCACGCGCAACGAAAGCGAAAGUUUUGUUUGGCGCGCGUGUUGCCAUUGCCGUCGACGUCGACGUCGGCGUCUAUGAAUUUGCACACACACCUCUACCCAGGUCUAGUCCGUGCUCGUGCACAUCCCACCUAGAAUAGAUUAAAAGCGUGUGAAAACAACAACGAAAGCGCGCCAGGGGCAGAGAGAGAGAGAGAGAGAGAUAGAGAGCGAGAAAUAUGCUCAUUAUUUUCAAUGAGGGUGCAAUAAAUUAAAAGAAGCGUGUUUAUGCUGCCAUUCUGAUCUGUUUCUGUGUCUGUGUCUUUGUGCGUGUGUUUGAGUGCGCUCCCAAAAAGAGUUUAGCCAACCGGAAGAACAACAAACCAACAAACCAACAAAUCAACAUCCCCAUCAUUCCUACCGCAUUUCCUGGAACGCUCACACAAAGCGUGUUAGCCACCCAAAGAAAUGGCACCCACCAUAUGCUCGGACAAAAAACCGCUGCGAGAUUCGAGGCGACAUCGUGUCGUGGCUACGGCAGUCAUUUCAUCAGCCGCCACCACCACAUCAUCAACAUCAACGUCGCCGUCAUCCUUGCCAGCAGCUGCUGCCGCACGAGGCAGCUCAGUGCUUAGCUAUGUAGCCGAGGGUUCAAUGAACUCGGCGGGUCGCCGACGCCUGGUCAGACUCCACCGCCGAAGACUGCCAGUGAUCUCAGGCAGUGCCGCUGUAUCGUCGUCUCCACGGAGUGGCACACAGGCGGAGGUCAGCAGGAGAGCGGCAAUACAGACAGAGAUGCAAUCAGCGCGGGGCCAAAUCGAGUCAGCAGAGCACCAGACUGCACAUCCUCUGCAACUGCAACUGCAACAACAGCAACAUUCCAUCAGCGAGUCUAUCAAAACAGUAUUACAGCCUACCAUGGCUAACAGCAGUAACAGCUUCAGUCAUAGAGGAGCACCAACAGCCAGACAUUGUGUAUUAGCUGAGUCAAUGGACGACGAUGGCGACAGUGGCUACGAGUACUCGCAGGAGCCCACCAAGGAGCAGCAGCAUAGCUACCAUCCUCAGAACAGCGACGGUCUGCUCUCUAUUGCCAUCAAGACCAUCAAGCUGGUGCAGCGUAACAAGCUGCUCCAGAAGCGUCUGGCACAGCUGCAGCUGGAGACCUCGGAGUUCAUUGCCUCGGUGUUGGCCAAUCCCGAGAAUCGGCAGUACCGCGAGAAGAUCACCACCACCACCGCCCCCCCCAAGGCGGAAACCAAGAACCCAUGCCCCGUUUUCGGCUGACGCUGGACGCCAAUUGCAAUUUCAUAGGAAUCCAUCUAUCUAUUCUUCCAAGACAAAAUCACAUCUCUAGCAAAGCGCGCAUUGAAUUAUUAUUUUAAUCUAUUAAGGUCCCAACACGGCCCGUUUUCACAGUCAGCUCAUUACACUGUUUGUUGUUAUCUUGACGAAUCGAGUGGCUCCACCACCCACUAGCGGAACGGAAUCUAAGAGCGGGCGAAUCUCUUCAAUCUCUUCUCUUCGCGCGCGCUUUUUUUGAAAUUUUUUUGUAUUUUCAUAUAUUUUGAAUUUCGUGAUUUUCAACACUGCACUGAAAUUAUGAUCAUUCGUUGCAUACUUUUGGGCGGAUUGAGUUUAAAACACUUUUUGCUGAAUUUGUUUGAAUAUAUAUUUUAAUUAAACAUCUGAUCUGUCAUAAACGCUACUGCCACACUGCAUCUACAAAAUUUAUCCUAUGGAAUUGCAAUUAGCAAGAUAUCAAUUCGUAUUCCCAAGGGACUUAGUUUUGAGCAAUUCGUACUGAUUAUCUUUAUAAAACCACGCAUCAAAAUCCAAUAUUUUGAGCAUACAAUUAAACAAAAGAUCAACAAAAAAAACUACGUCUAACAUAUACAUACACGAGAAUAUAAUAUUUAUAAAAAUCCAUGGAUAGUCUAACAAAAAAAUCUAUCUUUAUCCGUAGAAUGCUAAGUACUUUUUAUGUUAAACAUUUUUUACAUUCAAGAAAUAAUUUAUAAUACAUUUAAUUGCUAUAUUUAGUAUUUACCAAUCAUAAUCAUUGAAAACCCAAAACGCUUUUGGCAUUAUACAACAAAAAUAUAAUAAUUCUAUGUGAAACACGAUUGAGAUGUAAAGCAAUUGGUUUAGACAAAAACAAAGCAAGCCGCUAUACGUAAUAGAUCUCCGAUAUCGAUACUACCUAUAGAUACGGAGGAGUUAUCAGAAUGCAAUGCAAAUCAAAGUAAAACCAAAUUGUAUGCUAAAGACAAAGCUAAUUGUUCCAAUUCUAAACUAAACAUACAAAAUUAUGUGUAUAAUUUCCUAACUCUCUACAUAGAUGGUAGUAAUAAGUAUUUCAUUGACAUUUUCUACCGUACAAUAAUGGCUGAGAUAUCAAAUCAUUUAGAAGAGAUCGGAUCGCUACAAAACAACUAUAUCAUUAAUAAAAUUAGUGACAAAUAAAAACAUAAAUAGAUCUA